AUGAACGCCGUUUCUCAGGGCGACGAUGCCGCCGCAAAAUCUGACUUCCUUGGUGCUCUUCAACAUUACACCCGGGGCCUCGCCGAGCUCCCCCGUGCCCCAGCCUACUACAUCAAGCGUUCAACCGCAUACAUCCGCCUCAAUGCCUCCGAUGGCGGGCCCAAUGCGCAAGCUGCACUGCGCGAUGCUGAAAUUGCUGUGACACUUGGGCGAGAGCGUGCGAAGCGCGACUUUAUCCUUGCUGCGCAGAUGAGGAGGGCUAUAGCGCUUUGGCACCUAGAGAGAUACGGAGAUGCGGGGUUUGUGCUUGAGCUGUUGGAUGAGAAGAUGGGAGAUAAGGGGAAGCAAGGCAGCGAUGGUGUCGGUAAUCCGGAUGCUGCCGGUAGAGUGAAAGAUGUUAUGAGUGGAUCGAAGCCAUCGGGACCAGCGAAGAGCUUGCCGCAGGAGCUGUCAAUUUGGUUGAUGAAGAUAAAGACGAAGCUUGGUCAGCUGGAAGAGGGUGAUGAAAGGCGAAAGGUCAAUGUGGAAGAGUUUCCUGUUGGAGUGAAAGUACCAUCAGAAAAAGAUCUGAAGAAGCAACUUGAGGCAUUGAAGGCUGGGAAGAUUAAGGGUGAUGACAAGUCUAGUGCUGCACCUGACACUAUCACUGUGGCGGACAAAAAAGAGACUGGAGGCGCGAGCGCGGCAGCUUCUAAUGAAGUCAGACCCCCUGCAGCUGCGCCUUCUCAGGGCCCUGAGAGUAUCCGACAUGAAUGGUAUCAGUCAAAUGAUUCCGUUGUCGUGACCCUUUACGCCAAGGGCGUGGCUAAGGAAGGCGUGAACGCUGAGCUCAAGAGUGAUUUGGCAUCUGUACAAUUCCCGCUCCCAUCAGGCUCACUGUAUACCUUCUCGCUUGACCCCCUCUUUGCCUCCAUCGAUGAAUCCACCUCCAAAAUCAACACAUUUGGAACAAAGAUCGAAUUGAUUUUGCGCAAGAAGGCGCCUGGACAAAAAUGGAGCUCCCUCGAGUCCUCGUCAUCCACCAUUAAGCCUUCCGCAGUCACCCCUACCGUUACCGCUCCUACGCCCGCAUCUGGCCCAUCUUACCCAACUUCUUCACGCCACGGCGCCAAAGACUGGGACAAAGUCGCCUCAACGCUCACAUUCAAGAAUCCCAAGAAGUCAAACUCCCACGAGAAAGGUAAAGGCAAGACCACAGAAAAGGCCAACGGUGAAGCAGACGAGUCUGCAGACGAAUCCGACAACGAAGGCUCCGUAGACUCUGAUUACGGCGGUGAUCCCGUAGAUGGGUUCUUCAAGAAACUGUACGCUGACGCGGACGAUGAUACCCGGCGUGCUAUGAUGAAGAGCUUUGUUGAGAGUAAUGGGACCUCCCUGAGCACUAAUUGGAGCGAAGUUGGAAAGGGGAAGGUGAAACCUUAUGAGUCCAAGGAUUGA